ACCCCUCGUCCCAUUGUAUAAAAUCGACUCCAAUGGUGGCUUUACUAGUGACUAGUGAGUCAAAAAGUUUCAUAGGUUUCUGUAAAAAUAAGACUGGCCAGAACCCACCAACCCUAAUAUAAGAAGAAAGAACCACUAUAAGAAAGAAACCAAAACCCCUUUGUUCUCCUCUCCCCUGUUUUCCCUGAAUUUCCUCCUUCCUUCCCUCAACCCAAAACAAUCAUAAAGUCCCAUAAAACAAAUCAAUCAUUCAAAGAAAAUUCCCAAUCCCACAAUCCCCUUUUGUUCUAGUAAACUCAACACGAGCGCUUAAAUACCAAAAUUCGUCGGCUUUCCUUCCCCACAAUAACAAAAGUCCUCUGUUUUUAUCAUUCAGCCAUGGCGCAGCAGAACGAGCUGCCUUUCAGCGAGAACGAUUCACAGGACAUGGUGAUAUACCAGAUGAUGAGUGAAGCCAGCAGCAAUUCGUAUCCGACCCACCAACCGAAUUCCAACCCGCUCCUUCAUCAUCUCCACACUUCCGGCAACAGUCGGGUUAUAUCCAAGCGUCACUACAGAGGGGUCCGGCGCCGCCCAUGGGGGAAAUACGCCGCUGAGAUCCGCGACUCGUCCCGACACGGCGCCAGGGUGUGGCUCGGCACGUUCGAUACAGCCGAAGAAGCUGCGCUGGCCUACGAUCGAGCUGCUUUCCGGAUGCGGGGGACCAAGGCCGUGCUCAAUUUCCCGCCGGAGCUGGCUGCGGCGGCUGAGCCGCUACAUAGGCUGAUGAAUCAUCCCGGGAAGAUAUCCAGGGCGGAGGCGACGGCGGCUGGAAGUAAUAGUAACAAUGAUGGUGGUAACAUCAUCAAGGAUGGGAUGCCGGAACUGAGUUAUAGCUCCGGCGCCGCUGUCGAGUCGCAAUCGGAGGAGACGUCUGGCGGAGGCGGAACAGGGGAGUCGCGUGACAGGGGAGGAGAGGGUUAUUUGAAUAGCUUGCUUAGAGCUUGUUGAUUCCUUAUAUCGAGUUUCAUACAUAUUGUUGUGUUAAGGAUUCAAUAGCAAUUAGCAUACAAGAUCACUCUUCAUUGGAAUUUCCUUUCUCUCUUUUGUAAUCAAUUUUGGCAGUGAUCUCUUUCAGUUUUGAACUUUUUGAUUGUACAUAUGAUAUUUCGAAUAAGGGUUUGAUCGGUGCAUUAAUUUUGGCAACGACAAGAUAUAUUGUCAUAACCGCAAAAUUAUGAUCACUGAUAUAUAAAGCCAAUUCGAGCAUAUUCUAUACGAUUUUACUUUUAAAUUCAAAUAAUUUUGUUUCAUUUGAUCACUAAAUCGAAUUGAAACAAAUAUUUUCACUUUAC